AUGGCGGAAAAGGUAGAAAAAUCCGAAUAUGCAGCUGAAAGCAGCGAUUCCGAUAUUGGGAGGCCAGCUGCAAGAGACGGGGAGGAUGCGGCUAGAAAAGCUCUCUUGCAGUCUUUUACACCCGAAGAAGACAGGGUAGUGCGGAGGAAGAUCGAUUGGCGGUUCUUACCGCUUAUUGGGAUGAUGUACCUCGUCAAGACUAUUGACUAUACGAAUGCUGCGAAUGUCAAGGUGCUCCAGGUUGGAAGUGAGCGGAAUGUGCUUACAGAGCUUAGUAUGACGACGGAUGAGUACAAUUGGGUGCAAUCUAUUUAUUUUAUCAGCUACAUCAUCUUCGAAGUCCCCAGCAACAUGAUGCUCAAAAGACUCACCCCCCGGCUAUGGCAGUCGCGCAUCAUCCUCAGCUGGGGCGUCGUGCUGGCAUGCCACGCAGCAGCAAACAAUAAAGAGACGAUGUGGGCGCUGCGCUUCCUGCUGGGCAUGUGCGAGGCAGGCUUGUUUCCGGGGAUCGCGGCGCAGCUGUGCGGCUGGUACCGCAGCGACGAGAUGGGCAAGCCGAUUAUGUGGAUGUUUGCGUUCCAGAACUUCUCGGGUAUUUUGGGGUCGUUGUUGGCAUAUGGGAUUUCUUAUAUGAAUGGGAUGUGCGAGAUGAGUGCGUGGCGAUGGGUCUACCUCCUCGAAGGCCUCUUCACGAUCCUCUUCGCCGUAAUAGUUUACCUCGUUCUCCCCGACUGGCCCAAAAGUCCCCGCAGCGACAAAUGGCUCACCCCUCGAGAACAAGCCUACAUCGAAGCCUGCCUCUCCGAAAACGCCCCGCGGACGGGUGACGCAAACUUCGCCAAAUCCGAGGUGCUGGACUCGCUGGUCGACCCACGCACCUACGCCUUCAUGUUCUCCCAGCUACUGGUCAAUCUCGCUGGGUACGCCCUCACCUGGGAGCUACCGACCAUCACAACCAGCCUGGGGUUCGCGGGGCUUCCGCGCAACCAGCUGCUGAACAUCCCGCCCUGCGCGGCGGCCGUGCUGGCUGUCUUGUUCAGCGGGUGGUUCCAGAAGCAGGCGUAUAUGACGCGGCCGGCGUUCGUCAAUUUAUGCAUCAUGGGGCCCAUGCUGUUGUUUUUUGUGCUGCUGGCGGCGUUGAGGUCGCCUGUUGGGGUGUAUGUGGCUUGUGUGUUGGGGAAUAUGUUUUAUGCGGUGUAUUUUAUUCCGUUCUGGGCUUGUAUGUUUCCCCCAUCCUUUUCCCUUCCCGCUUACUACAAGAGGCGAAGCUCUUCUUUGAAAGGCACAACAGGCGCAGCCUUCACGCUAGCAUUCCAGUCGUGCGUGGGACAGGUCGGGGGCGUGAUCGGCCCGCAGCUGUUCCAGGAGCGCUUCGCAGGCAACGGGUACAAGACACCGUUUGCCAUCUGCGCGGGGAUGGUCGGGGCGGCGUGCAUAACGAAUGCGUGGACGUGGUGGCUGACUCGCAAUGUGGAGUGGGAUGUGCGCCGGGUGCGGCGGCUACGGAUGCGCGAGGAGAAGCGGGGGCGGAUCUACGCCGGGGAGGAUGUGCGUGUAUACGAGGAGAGGGAGUUUUAUUCGGGGUUGCGGAGGGAGGAAGGUGUAUAACCCUUAGGAGAUAUCAUUCUAUAUGAGAGGGGAGGAUCGAAAUGGUGCGAGGGCGUUGGGAAUGAUUGGUUUAGAUAGAUCCCUUGAUAUAA